GGAAAACAUAAAUUUUAAUAUUUUCGAAGCAUAUUGGAUGCUAAAGGUCUUUUUUGUGUGAACGGCAUUCAAAAUGGUGAAAGUGAAGUGUUCCGAACUACGUACAAAGGAUAAAAAGGAGCUGACGAAGCAGUUGGAGGAACUUAAAAAUGAACUUCUUAACUUGCGUGUCGCUAAAGUUACAGGGGGAGCCCCAUCAAAGCUUUCGAAAAUCCGAGUGGUUCGUAAAGCAAUUGCCAGAGUGUAUAUUGUAAUGCAUCAAAAGCAGAAGGAAAAUCUUCGAAAAGUCUUCAAAAAUAAAAAAUACAAGCCACUGGACUUAAGAAAGAAAAGAACACGUGCCGUUCGCAAAGCUUUGACUCCUAGGGAUGCAAAUAGAAAAACUCUAAAGGAGAUACGCAAGCGAUCCAUAUAUCCCACAAGGAAAUACGCAGUCAAAGCAUAAUGUAUUAGAGAUGAAGAAAAAUUAAAUAAAUAACCAACAUUUAUUUAACAAAUUUA